UCCAACACACGGAAGCGAAAACGUAGGUUGUGCUCUCUACUGUUCUUUCAGCCGCUGUCGCCCAGUAAUAAGUAUUUUAGAAAAAGAAAAGCAAGACACACUGUUGCCUGGUGUAUUUUACCUGUGGUUUGUAUGGACGAAGAGGUUCGUUUCGAUCGGAACUUCCCAGUCUGUAAUUUAGCGACAGGGUCAGAUGGAGUAGCGCCUCGACACAGACAGUAGCUUAGCUGUGACGUGAGCCCUAGUUUAUGCCUCUCAACUCGAAUCCCAGAUAACUCCUCCGAUAACCCCGGAAAGUCACACACGGCCACCGUUUCACACCAGGACAGUAAUUUUCACCCAAAUUAUGAAGGUACUUCCAGAACCUUCAUAGUCUCUUCCAACGACUAGGAAUCAAAACGAAUCAAAGAAAAACAUAUGUGUGAUACGGUUGAAGGAUGUGAUGAAAAGGAACAGCAUUUCUGCUAUUUGGAAUGAUUUCGGAUUCAGGAGAGACACCGUAUUACAAACAGAGAGAUGAGUUCGUGUUUGCUGGAGGAGGUGACCUUCCAUCGCUGCUGCCAGAUGCUCCUACAGCAGUCAGAGCAGCUUCGAGAUGGCUGGAGCUGGGAGCCGGUCCAGGGUUCACAGGAGGGCUACCUGAGGAAGACUGCUCUGAAGUCAGCUGUCAUUAGCUCAAACCCAGUGUGGGACCUGCAAGGAUCCAUUUCAGACUCAGGGUCACACACCUCUUGUCACUCCGGUCCUGAUGAGCAGGGAGAGGAGAAGGACCAGUCUGUUCUUGUUGCCUCAGUUGAUGCUGAUGCCACCAAUGGUGCCAUACAUGAUGACAAUGAUGGGGUCUGUAUGGUGUCUGAAGGCAGCAGCCAGGUGCUUCAGUACGAGUAUCACAUCAUGUACUCCUGCAGCUACAGUACUCCUGUACUCUACUUCAGAGCCUCCACUUUGGAGGGAAGGAGCCUGUCAUUAGAGGAGAUGUGGAAUUCUGUUCAUCCCAACUUCAGGCUUCGACUUCAAAACAGUCCUUUCACUACAAUCACUCAGCAGGAGCAUCCCCUGCUGGGUCAGCCUUUCUUUAUGCUUCACCCCUGUAGAACAGAGGAGUUCAUGAGGCCUGUGCUGCAAGCAGCUCAGGACCAACACAGGCCACUGAACUAUGUACUGACAUGGCUUAGUGUGGUGGGUCCUCUGGUGGGUCUUGACGUCCCUCUGAAGUACUGCACCCAGCUCCAUCUAGCAGCUUCACCCAGCAGAACAGAGCCAGACUGAGGCUGCACCUGCUCUGCUUCAAUCUGUCAGCAUCACUGAGGCGCCUGGAUUAUCAACCAGGCAAAGAGAAAAAGUACCCCAGGGCCCUAGAAGCUCAGAGGCCCCAAAGGUCCAAGGUUGGUCGGUGUGGCAGUUACUUUGUGUUAAAUUAAUUGCAAAUGCAUUUGUCAAUAUGCUACAACAAUAAAAACAAUUUGUGAUA